UUUACUGAGUAGGAAGCAUCCAGUAGUGUUCUGCAGCUCGUGUGAGCAACGUGUCUGUCGAGUUCAGUGUGCCGUGCUUUUAAAACGUGGUCUGUGUAACACUGCUGCUGAAAUACAGUAUCAAACUGAUGUAGCAAAUGCUGACAAAUGAAGUGUUUAUGGUACCGUUAUUUUAUACAAAAUGUGUUAGGUGAAUGUGAAGUGUUGUGGAACAUAUUCAUUAAUAUAACACUGGACCCACAAAAAUGAAAUGUUACCAAAAUAUAGAAAACAUUCUGGAUAAUAUUUGAAGCAUUAGUAAUUCAGCUUUCUAUUGGAAACUUCAGAUGAAAGACGAUGGCCUCACGAAAAUUUUAAAACUGAAGAGCGUUGUGAUGCGAUUACAGCCCGCAGAAUGACGCUUCAAGUGGCUUCAACACUGAAACUCUCAAUAGUUGUCGUAGUCCUGACACUUGCUGUCACGAAGGCUCAGAUAGGCAGCGAAUGCUCGGAGACGAAGACCUGCUACGACCAUCAGAACUGCUAUCAUGGCUACUGCAGUUGCGACAGGGGCUACGUACGCAACGACAGACAUUGCUUCAGAGUAAGAAGCUACGGUGAAACAUGUUUCUUUGACGUGCAGUGCAAUGAUCACCGCAUGGUGUGUGAGCCAGACAGCACCAACACGUCAGUGAGAAGAUGCCUCUGUGACAGAAUGCAUGUAUGGAGCAAAGAACGCAAGGAAUGCUUGAUGACUUUGAACAUCACUGAAAUGCUUGCUUCCUUGGAACUCAGCGAGUACUCAGAGAAACUUUCAAAGGAGGACCAGAAGGUGUUUGUUGGUGUUGUAAUAGCAGGCAUCACUGUAGUUAUACUGGGUGCUAUACUCACUUUCAUCUGCAUUUUUUAUGGAUGCUGUCUUUAUGAAUGUGUUGACAAAUGGCAGAUACUGGAAACUGGUGAAAUCCCGAAACAAUCAAAGUGUGGUCCUUCAUGUCCAGAAUUUGUAAAAUCCACAGCGCCAAAAUCUGGCUUCACGUGACACAUACAAAAAAUAAAAGAAGAAACAACGAUCCUCUCGCAAUGGUAUUGGAGGCUGCUCUGUGAAAAUAUUUUUCUGUAAAGAUGUCAAGGAACGAUGUUUUAUAUUGCCCUUUUCACGGUAUAAACUGAAAAAGAUAACAGGGUGGCAUGUUGUGCGAGCCUCAGAACUGUCUGCGGACUCGGUGGUUUAAUAUUUCCGUAAUUCUACAAAGAGAAAUAAUAAUCACAGUGCAGUGAACCAUCAGACUUUUUUUAUUAUUUGCCUUAGCCAUCUGUGUUAACUUGUGUCCAAGAGAAAAUCUCCUCGAAUCCCCGGUUUGCAACGAGUUAAGAGCAAUUGAACGAAUCUUGCGUCGAUACUGAAAUCGCGCCUUGCAAUCAAAAAAACAGUGAACGAGCGACCACCAAAGCUGUCAUGGCUGACACGAGAGGUCAGGUGUCGUAGGGAGGAGGGGUCGGUGCGAUUAAUACGAGAAAACCAUUUGAAACUCGCAUGUUCAGUGCGUUUACAACGUUUGGUCCGUCGUACAAUGCUGAUGAGAAUGCCUGCCUCCCGUGCGGGAACUGUGAGUGAUCGCUUCUUCUCGUCUGAUUGCGUUUAGCAGAAACGUUCGCUAUACCGACGAAUGUUUUGCAGCGACGAUGAAGUUUACGAUUUUCAGUGUCCUCUUACACAUACUGGUGAGUGCUAGUCAGCAAGACGAUGGCCAUCAACAGGACAGAAAGACAGGGUGAGUAUCUCGUUCACAGUGCUUUUAGUUUUGCACGAUCUUGUGUCACGUUCGAUUGUGAGCUAGGCAAAUGCUGUCAUUGUAGACAUGGUUAAUGACAUUAUUCGGCGUUCAUAUUAAUUUGUUGUCCGAGUUGCCUCUCAGCGUGCUGUACAUUUAUGUAGCGAUUUUCUGUUUCUGUGUGUGAUCAAUUCUGUUGUAAAAAUAGUAAAGGAAAAAGAAUAAGCAAGACUGUAAAUAAAACAAUUUUGGAAUAAAUAUACAUUUAAUUUA